AUGGCACUUUUACCAGAAAAAAGUAAAGAAAGAGGGCCAAAAAGUAAAGAUGAAAUGCGAGCCAAGGAAGAAAUAAUUGUCUUUGAUUUGGUAAAUGAUAAAAAUGUUGAAGAUGGAGGACUUGGGGGCUAUGAAGUAAAUAAUGGCUAUUGCUACACUCACAGAGUUCAAGGGAAAGAAUUAGGGGAAUUAAGACAAUGUUCUUUUUUUGAUAAGAAAGGGUUUUGUAUGAUUGCCACGGCUGAAAAGUUUAAGGAUAGGUUUUAUUGUUCUAGUCAUCAUAAAUUAUUAAUUGAAUAUGAUAAAGAAAUUAAAGAGCAAAUAAAAAUAUUGAAUGAGGAGGAAAGAAAAGGAAAAAUGAUUGAAUUAGUUAGAGUAUUAGAGAGUUAUAUUACAUUAUUAGAAUUAAAU